AUGACAUGGAAGACAAUACUGUCUCGAUGCACGGCAUCUGUCGCUGUUGUUGCAAUAUGGACUUAUGCGUCUGUUGUAGUAAGUGGUCAGCCCCAUAAGUUGUUAAAGAUUCCACUUUACAAGCAACAGCAGCCGAGUAUGGAACUGCCUCAUCGUCUAGCACAUCAGCAAGCUCGAGCUCAUCGGCGAGCACUGGAAGAGGCAAGCAUAGUGAAUGUAACUUUUGCAUGGAGUGAAUCUUCACUGGGUGUGGGCUACGGCACCCAUUACGCUGAAAUUUACCUGGGAAUCCCGGCACAACGUGCUUCAGUGAUCGUAGAUACUGGUAGUCAUUUGACAGCAUUGCCAUGCAGCACGUGCGCUGGCUGUGGACAGCAUACGGACCCAAUUUAUGAUGUAUCCAAGUCAACGACGGCAGCAUACCUUGCUUGCCAUGAUUUUGAUUCAUGUCGUUCGUGUGAACAAGACCGCUGCUAUAUCAGCCAGAGCUACACGGAAGGCAGCAUGUGGGAAGCUGUCAUGGUAGAUGAGUUGGUAUGGGUAGGAGGGCUUUCAUCACAUAGUGGUGAAAUGGAUGAAGUGCUAAAGACAUUCGGGUUUCGUUUUCCAGUGGGCUGUCAGACCAAAGAGACUGGCCUCUUUAUUACGCAAAAGGAAAAUGGGAUCAUGGGUCUUGGACGUCAUCACUCGACUGUCAUGUCCUACAUGCUGAAGGCAGGUCGCGUAACUCAUGAUCUCUUUACUCUGUGCUUCGCCAGCGAUGGAGGUGAGCUUGUGUUUGGUGGAGUGGAUUACAGCCACCACACGAGUGCUGUGGCUUAUACACCACUGCUCAAGGACAGUUUUGCCUCCUACCCGGUCCAUGUAAGAGAUAUACUAGUGAACGGAGUGUCAUUAGGGAUUGAUGAUAAAACGAUCAAUUCGGGCAAAGGUGUGAUUGUUGAUAGCGGAACAACCGACACCUUCUUUGCUGCAAAAGGAAAUCGCCGUUUCAUGAGAGCGUUCGAACGUGCUGCAGGCGGUCUAGAUUAUACUGAACAGCGCAUGAAACUUUCUGACAAAGAGUUACAAGCCCUCCCAAUUAUAUCGAUUGUACUCUCAGGAAUGAAAGGGGAUGGCAGUGACGACGUCCAGCUCGAUCUCCCUGCGUCAAAAUAUCUUACUAUCGCUGAUGACGGUGGGUCAUAUUCCAGUAACGUUCAUUUCUCGGAGCGUAGCGGCGGAGUUUUGGGUGCAGGUAUUAUGAUCGGUCUGGACGUGAUCUUUGAUACGGAAAACAACCGUGUCGGCUUUGCCGAUUCACACUGUGGAAAACGUCAUAGAAAUACAAGCAGGGUAUCACUAGAUACUGCCGACCAGCGAACCUCCGAAACUUCGACGCCAAUUGCUUCAACUACGGUGCCGAAUGAUAGUAUCGACAUAACCACAAGUUUAUCAGCCGGGCUGAUAACGCGGCAAGCAAGCUCCAAUAUCGGUGCUUUUAUCGCAAAUGUUAUCCUCAUUUCGCUAAUUGGCGUAGCGUUAGGCGUCAUCAUCUGGGCGAAGUGGCGCAUGCGUGCUUGGUCUCGCAUUCCGAGCUCAGCUCCGCCUGCGGAUAUAGAGUCGAUGCUAACCAGCAACGAAAUUGAAAAUCAAACGCCGUUGUCUUCUUCUUCCGAAGGAAGUCCCCUCCGAGCAGCUAGGAAAGCUUGGUCGCCAACGUUUACAAUCGGCCCGAAUAGAGAAGAUGAUGAUGAUGAGUGA